CUUGAGUCUUGACAGUGUCAUAUGUAAUUGCAUUUGGUGAAUCUAUUGAUUUUCAAAUAUUGAAUUUAUAAUUUGUAAAGAUGGAAGAGAGUGUAGCUUUAGAUACGUCAAAACAGAAACAAUUUGUUAAAUCUGUAAGAGGUAUAAAAAAGCUGCUUAAGAAAAAGGGGAAAGUUUCGAAACCGCCUGCGGUUAAAGAAGCUGAAAAAGAAGUUGUUGAAGAAGAAGUAGUUGAACAAGAGGUUGUUGAUAGUAAGAAAAGUGGUAAGAUCACUAAGCGCAGACGACGGGGUUUAGUCUAUUUGGCACAUAUACCACAUGGUUUUUAUGAGCAUGAAAUGACAGAAUAUUUCAAACAAUUUGGAGUUGUCACAAAUGCUCGUGUUAUAAGAUCUAAACGUACCGGUAGUUCUAAGGGAUAUGCAUUUGUUGAGUUUAAGGAGCCUACUGUGGCAGAAAUUGUUGCGGAAACUAUGAAUAAUUACCUUAUGGGCAAAAGGUUAAUUAAAGCUGUUUACAUACCUCCUUCAAAGCAAAAACGCAAAGCUCUUAGAAAAAAAUGGAAUUAUCAAAAUAAUCCAACAGCUCGACUUAGAAUGAGACUGAAAAGGCGACAUAAUGCUAAGAAAAGUGAGGAUGAGGAGCUUAAAUAUGCUCAGAAAAUGCUGGCUAAUCUCAAUAACACUAAGAAAAAACUAAGUAAUAUGGAAAUUAAUUAUGAUUUCUUCAAACCUGUUGAUGUACCAGCAGAGUUGAUUGACAAGAUUCAGACUGAUUCUAUGACUGAUGUCAAACCUAAAGAAGAAGUUAAGGAAGAACCAGAAGUAAAACCGAAAAAGGCAAGGAAAGAAGUAAAAAGUGAUAAUAAAUUAAAAGUUACACAAGAAGAAAUAUCAAAACAAAGUACAAAAACAAAACCUGGAGCUAAAGCUAGUGUAACAAAAUCUAAGAAAGUAUCAGAUCAGAAACUUAAUGUUGAAGAGGCAAACAAACAGAAAGAUAAGCAAGCUAAGUUAGAUAAAGCUGGAGUCAAGGCAUUGGAAGAUUUCAUACAAAUCAAAGAUUCCGAUGGUGAUAGUGACAGCAGUGUGGACUUCGAUUCAGAUGAAUAUGAAAAAAUGAUAGAAAAUGAUAAUGAUUCAUUGUUUGACGGUGACAGUGAUGCAGAGGAAAAUGUAAAGCCACAGAGUAAUAAAAAGAAAAUUAACAAAACAAAAAAGGAUAUACUUCCUAAAAAAAAGAGUGUUGUGCAAAAUCAAGGCACUAAAUUGAAUAAUAAAAAUGUUAAUAAUAAAAAGAUAAAACAACCACAAAAGCGGAAAGCGGCUACAAUUUCAGAAUCGGCUGUAACAAUAAAGAAUGCAAAGUUUGAGAAACAAAAUAAAAAUAAGUCUUUGAACAAAGUAAUGAAAAAGAAGAAAUAAGGGAACAUUUGAUGGUGUAUUGCUUUUAAUUAAGUAACCAUUUAGUAGGCUUACUCUAUGAGAUAGUAAUGAGUAGCAAACCUUAGUUAUAUUCUCAAGAACUAGUUAUAAAAAAUUAAGAUUUCGGUAGUAGUUUCAGGGUGGAGUGAAAAUAAAACAUUACAGAAUUUACAAUAACUGUACUAUGAUCAUAGACACAUACUUAAGUCAUCCAGUAUUUUUUUUAUUAAAAAAUGUGACAAAUCAAGUAAGAA